AUGAGUGGUUUUAAAGUAGACGAGAGCUUCAGCGACGGCAACGGCGAAAGGAAGUACAAAGGAGUCCGUCGUCGGAGAUGGGGGAAAUGGGUGUCCGAAAUCCGAGUCCCGGGCAGUCAAGAACGUCUUUGGUUAGGCUCAUAUUCGACACCGGAAGGUGCUGCGAUCGCCCACGACGUUGCUUUCUAUUGUCUGCGACGGCCGUCUUCCUUGAAUUGUCUCAACUUUCCAACCAUGUUGUCUCCCAAUGUCAAUGCCAACAUGUCCCCCAAGUCUAUCCAGAGAGCGGCAUCGGAUGCCGGCAUGGCGGUAGAUGCCGUCCGGGGGAUGGAGAUCAGUCCCGUCGGCAAUGAGACCUACAACGGUAACGGAAACGGAAACGGUGGGAGUGUAACCAUGGGCAUUGUGACUGAAUCAUGGGAAGAAGGAGGUGAGGCUUUGAGCAUUUCUGUUGAUGAUUAUCUCGAUGUUUAA